AUGGCACUUCAUCCGCUGCGCAAACCCAAUUUAGCAUCUUCAGCUAUCCUUCCCGACGAGCUGAUGGAAGAAAUAUUCUCUCGGCUCUCCGUGAAAAAUCUUAUACAAUUGAAGUGCGUCAGCAAGUUUUUCAAAACUCUCAUCUCCAAUCCUUACUUCGUUAAAAUUCAUCUCAAAAAAUCAGCACGAACACCUAACCUCGCACUUAUGUGGCAAAACAACUGGAAGGAUGAUGAGACCAAUUUCGUUAGUCAAUCCGUUCCUCGUUUACUCCAAAACCAAUUUAACUCCUUUCACAAUGAUCCUUCCUACCUAUUGAGCGAUUUUGUUCGGAUAGACCGAGUUGUUGGUUCGUGCAAUGGAUUGCUAUGCUUGAUUGGUUCAUAUUCUUCACAAGAUGAAUGGCUUUGUUUCUGGAACCCAGCUAUGAGAACAAAAUCUGAAAACUUUAGACUACUAUUUUCCGAUCUUUUUUUUCGCCGCCGUGAAUUUAAGUUCUCUUUUGGUUAUGAUAUUUUGAAUGAAACUUAUAAGGUGGUAGCCUUCAUGGUGGAGAUAGAGCUUGGUGGUAAUCUGAAAAGUGUAGUGAAAGUUUUCAGCUCGGGGGAUAAUUCAUGGAGAGAUAUUCAAUGUUUACCUGUGAUUCCACUUUAUUGGUUUGAUGUUUGUAACAACAAAGAUGUGUAUUUGAAUGGUACUAUUAACUGGCUGGCAUAUUGCAAUCAUCAAGAUUUUAAUUUGGUGGGUGUUAUUGAAAAUUAUGUAAUCCUUUCGCUAGAUCUCUCCACCGAGUCAUACACUCAGAUGACGUUGCCUCCGGGUUUUGACAAGGGGCCGCAUGUUCGGGCAAAUAUUGUGGUUUUGAUGAAUUUUCUUUGUUUCUGUCGUGAUUUAGAGAGAAAGCAUUUUGUUAUAUGGCAGAUGAAAGAAUUCGGAGUUCAAGAGUCUUGGGUUCAGUUAUUUAAAAUUAGUUAUCAGAAUUUCUAUUCAACCACCAGUGAUUUAUUUCAUACUCCGCUGGCGGAUUUGUUGCCGAUACACCUUUGUGAGAAUGGUUAUACUUUGAUAUUGACAAAUCAUCAUAAGGAACCGGCAUUUAUAUGUGAUUGCAGAGAUGAUACAGUAGAGCGAAUAAGAACUAUCGAAAUGAUGGGGUGGUUUUGGGCUAAGGAUCACAUUGAAAGUUUGGUUCCACCCUGUAGAAAGUGA